GCGGUCAGCCAUGGAGCUAUAAAGAUCGCAGCAUACUCUGCGCGGAUACGUUUCUUUCUGGAGAAGUGAAGAGGGCGUCCUACUGAACGGAGGGCGAGGUUGACCUGAACAACAGAUAAACGACAGUAGGAAAGAAUAAUAUUGAGAAAGAAAUGCUCAAUAUGGAGUCAGGAGCAAAGGGACCGUGUCCAGACAUGGGACAGAAGGUCCCAGAAGAAGAGCUGAGACUGAUCCUGAUUGGAAAGGUGGGAUCUGGGAAGAGCGCCUCAGGGAACACCAUCCUGGGCCGGAGUCACUUCGCGUCUAAGUUAAGCGGAAGCUCUGUUACCAAGGAAUGCCAGCUGGGGACCAAGAACCAUGUCUACUCUGUGAAGGAGAAGGCGGGGAAAAGGAAGAAGGUGGUGGUGGUGGUGGACACGCCAGGUUUUGGAGGCACACACCUGACCAAGGAGCAGAUCACCACGGAGGUCAGCAAAUGCUUGGCCCUGACGGCCCCCGGCCCACAUGCCUUCCUCCUGGUGGUCCAGGUGGGACGCUUCCCAGAGGGGGAGAACCUGGCCGUCAAUAUGAUGGCUGAUGUAUUUGGUGAAGCGGCACUCCGCAAUCAAACGGUGGUGCUGUUCACCAGGGGAGAUGACCUGGAGGAGCCGAUGGAGCAGUACCUGGCCUUCGCACCUCCUAGGCUCGGGGCUUUGAUUCACAGGUGUAGAGACAGGUACCACGUAUUCAACAACCGUAUAAAAGAUGUGAAUCAAGUUGAUGAGCUACUGAGUAAGGUGGAGAAGGUUAUGGAGGACAACGGUGGAACGUAUUACACCAAAUCAAAGGAAAAUAGGAAUGUGUGGAAGGUGGUGGUGGUGGUGGUGCUGGUGGGGGCGGUCACGGUGGUGGCCGCUUGUGUGCUGGGUUUAGAACUUCGUAGGCGUUUGUCCCCCCACUAACCGCUAGCGCUAAGAAAAUUGCUAUAUGCAGUCCAUUUACAUUUACAUUUAACCGUGGGGGGGAUCACUAGACUGGGUAGCCCCGCCCAUUCUGCCGGCAUUCGCACUGCACAAGGGUCUGAGAAGGGCAAUACAUUUCUUUCUGCUUCCGAUACGUUUUAACGGCAGCCAAUCCCCUAGCUUGCUUCUCCCCCGCGCCGCGCUAUUGGCUGGUUUAACACAAUGACGACAUGGAAGUGGCGGCAAGCAGCCAAUUGCGUACAGAGUCAGUUGAACUAGGGCCGAUGAUCACGCAUCUUCAGCUGAAGAAAAUUGCAGCAGCUUCCCCAGACCAACGUGCAAUCUACGAGUCUGGCAAUAGCCAGGCCACAGAGG